AUGUGGGACUUCUACGCCAUUCAAUUACCAGAACUCUCUCUCAAGCGUGCAGCAUUAUUCGUGCGAGUUAUGGUCGUCGACUCCCAGCCAUUCCUGGCGCUGUUGCUCGCACAGCUUCGACAUGAAGACUGGGAGAUAAGACUAGAGGGCAUCUUGCGGCUAUUUCGUAUAGUCUUAGAUGUCACAAGCACUGCUUUCGUUGCCGAGGGUCGACAAUGGGGUCUCAGCGUAGUGGAUGUCUUCUACUAUUUCUUUUCAGCUAUGUGGACGGAUGACAAGGAGGAGAUACGACUAGCUGUGGAUACAUGGUCUCAGACCUUGCUUCCCGCUCAUCACGAAGCCAUUAUGCGCUGCUGGAACGAGACGCUAUCAAGAGCGCCCAUCUCAGAGAAGUUGAAGCUGAUCAACUUCCUGUGCCAGUUGAGGUCUCAUUUUCCCGCAUGGAAAGUCCUAGCAUGGGAGACCAUAAUAGAAGCGUUAUUGGAGAGCGAGUUCAUGGCAAGAAAUGGACAUCUGGAAGACGGCGCAGCCGCAGCACAUUUGUCUUUAUACGGUCUUUCGUCGAAAGAGGGCGACGAAGCACAAACAGUCUCUGACCCGGAUUCGUUCUUGUUGCGCGCCGCUCUCAUUUCCUUGUCGCUGCGAAUGAUUGCGGACGGCAUCACGGUUGAAUUAUUCUCGCUGCUGAAGCUCAAACACCAGCUUCUACUCACUUUUGGCUACCGCGACGUCUCUCUUGUUCCAUCUUCCAACGGGCAGACGUUCUACGUCCAAUUUGGCGAACUGGACUGCUUUCCACCGGUGGCCCUGCCUUGUAUUGCUGAUCUCAUGCUCGUGUUAGACUCUGCCCAACCUUGCGAUAUCUCAUCAUCCGCUAUGGGUGGUCCAGACGUGGACGAUGAAACCAAACAUUCCCUCCUUAUAGGUUCCGUGUUCGUCGACAUCCUUGUUGAUCUAUCUAGUCACCUGAGCGAGCUCGGGUCGAGUCCACCUCUCGUCCUUAAAAAUUUACUCAAAACCUUGAUCAUCGCUAUGCAAAAGCAUGAUUUCGACAGUCAGCCGCUGAGAUAUCUGCACAGCGACUUGCGAAAGGCGUUACGCUGUGCUCUUAUGAUGUACUCGGACGAGGGGCAUCUAAGCCUUGAGCUUCGCCAAUUAGCCCUGUCAGCGUGUCAAGUCUUCAUCACCCGGUGGCCGGACAUUAUGGGUCCUUUCAUCUACGAAGCAAUUGAGAGUGUCACCAAAGUCAUGGUAUCUCUUCAUUACGAGGAACACCCAGAAGACAGCCUCGUAGUGCAGUCACGGAUGUUUUUGGAAGGACUCAUGACUACAUUCUAUGGUCGGGGCAUUCUGAAUGUCCUAUUCAAGCGAGUCCUGUCUCCGGACUUCUUCAAGGUGCUGAACAAAGUUCUCGGUAACAAGCCUACAGCUAUUGGGCAGCCCAAUCUGAAAGAUGCGCUCCUGUACGACACGCUGUCGAGAGCGCCGAAUAACGAAGGGGAGUCUUAUCAAACGGUACUCGACAAUCUUGGUACCUUCGUUGAGAUUGUGCAUCAUUCCGCCUACACCAUCGAUAUGCUCGAAUUCGUCGGGUUAAGCUUCACGAACAUUGCGCAUAAGGUGUCAGACUGGACUGUAGAUACUUUCGACGCGAGCUCUCUGCUACUCAUGUCGGCUACUCUCAUCCAGUAUAACAAGUCGCACAGUCGGAUCUUUAUACCCCAAGUGGCGACUGUACUACACCUGCUUCUCGGAAAGUGUAGACUGUCCAGCGCCGCCCUGUCGCACGUCCUACAGGUUACAGCUGCGCUCUACCGGAAAGCGGAGCAGACACCGAAUCUGAUUGUGGUUACCUUCCUGGAGUCAGUGUCGGAAAUUCUCAGCUCGAAGGGCAAGUCGUUCUCUUCAACUUUUCCGGCCGCGUUGGAGGUUGUUAUUUCGAAUGUCGGCUUGUCGUGUAUUGCGCGCGAGAGCUUACUCCGACUUGCAGAAGAUGGCUUUCUGUAUCUCCACUCGUACAACGCAAUGAGUCCAUGGCACCAAGACUUUGUUUCAUGCCAAGCUGUUGCUAAAAUCGUGUUACGGGCGGCAGAGGAGAGUAUGGGUACCCUUCGACAUCUAGAGAACAACCCUCUGGGUGUCCGUACAUGGAACGCGAUCGUCUUGGCCGGUCUGUCCGUCAAUGGCUCACAAAGCCCCUCUCUGCUCUUGCGGUAUUUUCACGCAUUCGUGUUGCCUUACUACACCUCGCUAGAGCCUCUACAAGCCAUCUCCGAACAUCAAGGCCUUGGUGAUGUUGAAUCCAAUCAAAUUAGCAGAGCCUAUAUUGCGAUCAAACUUUGGCUCCUUGUUGUUCUGAGAUUGCUGGGUAGUGGUCUUGGUACAUCAAGUGAGGAGAGUACCGAUAUCGCUAGCUUGCAUCAGUGCAGGAUGGUGUGGAAUGAGCUUUGGCCUCCGUUUGAGGCAGUGGUAAUUAAUCUGCUGCACGUCCACGGUGCCGCUAACUCCUUACUACUCGCGUCCAGUUCCGUAGCCGAUCUCUUCCUUUUCUUGCACCAAACACGCAUCAUAAUAUCUCUCGAGACGUCGUCGCAAGUGGCGUUGCUCACUCAGUUACAGGCCAAUAGCCGUCUCGAAAGCAAGAUUUCGCGGGUCCUCCGGUCACUCACGGAGCCGCCGCCGAACAAUCCCAUAGGCUAUUAUGUAUCUCAAAUCGCUGCUGAAAUAUCCGCAGAAGAGAAGCUGGAGGCUGCCAGACUCCAAGAGAGUAUGAAGCCGAUCUGGGACAGAGGGCGAAGAGUCGUUAGUUGAGGAGUGGAUUGGAUGUAAC